AUGCCAAACACAGGUGGAUUCUGCCAUUUUCACCAGUUCAGUGGCCACAAUACCGAAUCUUGUGUUGCCUUGCACAACAUCAUUGAAGGACUUAUCCGUGUGGGGAAGCUGGACAAAUAUGUGCACAACCUCCCACCCAUACCUAACCCUCACCAACGGCAGAUCAACAUGAUCUCCACUAUCAGUGGUGGUCCUACAAUGGCCGGAAUCUCCAAUAACUCCAUCAAGCAUUAUGUUCGCUCUUCCUAUAAGUACCAGGUCUUCUGCACUGAGCAGGAACGCCUGCCGAAGACGCAAAGGUCAGGCUGGGCCCCUCUUACCUUCAGCGAUGAGGAAGAGCGUGGUGUCAUUCUCCCUCAUGAAGACCCACUCAUUAUCCGUGCAGACAUUUCUAACUUCGAUGUUGGGCAUAUCCUGGUGGACACUGGCAGCUUAGUUAGUGUGAUGUUUGCUAAUGCUUUCAAAGAGCUUCAAGUCCCUACUUACUUGCUCGACCGAAGCAUCACCCCUCUCGUGAGCUUCUCUGGCACAUAA